AUGAGCCCCCGCCGCUCAUCUCGUGCCCGCUCCUCACAGCAACCACCAUCCGGUCCAAACCACUCCAACUCCAGCUCCUCUAACAAUGGCAAAGCCGAUCGUGAAGGUCGAUCAAUCAAUGCCGCAAAUUCCCCUCGUCGUCCUUCUACACAACGUUCCGAAUCUCUAGACACUGUUGACCCUGGCUCGCGUGGCGAGCAACUUGCACCGCGUCGCAGUCGACGGAACGGUGAAGAGAAGGAACCCGCAACAAAUCCACUGGUUGACACAUACGAAGACAACGACAUUGAUGCCACUGAAGAGGAGGUCACCCGUUGUAUAUGUGAACAAGCUGAAUAUCCUGGUCCCUCUGCCACGAUACGCCAGCAAGCCACCAGUGCAGACACCCUGACUGAAGAUACUGGCAAUUUCUUCGUCCAGUGUGACAGUUGCAGUGUUUGGCAGCAUGGCGGUUGCAUGGGUUUGCUGGCAGAGGCCCUGCUCCCUGAUGAAUACUACUGCGAGCUGUGCAAACCAGCGUUUCAUAAAAUCACAAAGAACUCAAACGGACUUAAAUCAUCCCAUUACCUCCCUAUCCCCGAGCCAACCUCAACACGCUCCUCACCACCUUCUUCUACCCAAGACCCGUUGACGAAGAAAGACAGUAAAACACAGCCCACUGAAAACACCAAGAGAAGAGCCACCAUGAACAGCCGGAGUACCUUUGAGGAAGAGAUGUUUGCAAAGGUUAUCGAAGACAGUAAAUCACUCGGAAGAGUGGCACGAGCCUAUGCUACUAUGAAACGUGCUUAUGAGGAGUCGGAAAAUGAUACUACCCGCAGAAACGCGAAACGCCCACGCACCGGUUCCAAGUCCUCAUCGACGGUGUCCAAGCGUAGCGAGUCUCCAGAACCAACGCUGGAUGACGCGGCAAGUAAAGGAACCAACACACACCAAUCCUCAAAUCAGGGCUCGCGUCGAGCGCCCCCCUCAAGGACCAAUCGAGACAAGGAGAUGCGGGACAAACAGAAAGAACAACAAGCAGCACUACGUGCGGAAGCUGCUAGCAAAAGGAAUGCUCGAUCCGAACGAAGAAGAGGCGAUGAAUCUCCUCCCCCAUCCCCAAGCGUCUCUCCUUCAAAAGCUGCACAAGCUGUGCAAGGCAAUGGAAAACCAAAAGCAGACACUCCACCUUCUGGACGGUCUAGUAACAACCGCAAGACGGGACGCCCGCCGGCGAGAAGAGUGAGACUUGCCAGGAAUCAGUACACUCGGGAUAAUGGUAAUGGCGAUGACACCUCAACUCCCUCAAGGGAUGUAGGACAUGAUACCAACGGACAUGGAGUGUCUCCUAAUGGAGCGAGCGGUAUUAAUGGCGAAAGCGGGCGCAGUUCGAAAGCCAAAACACACCCUGCACGGACCAGUCUUAACGAAAUGAAACGGCGUGUUGCUGCCAUCCUGGAGUUUGUGGGUCAUAUGCAGACCGAGAGAGGAUCUCAAUCUCAGCAUUCAAGUGGGAGUGUCAGCGCAAAGGGUGCAAACACGCCCAAUGGAACCAAAGGAUCGACGUCCCAUCUACCUACAGCGACGCUAGUCCGAGCAGUCGAGGCAGGAUUGAAAGAGUCAAAGUCCAACGAAGAAGAUGGGACGCUUCACUUGACCAACGAGCGAGACUUCACAUCGAUGGGGAGUGCUGAAAUGAUGGAGACUUUGACCAAGGAGUUGGUGAUGUGGCAGACAGCAUAUGGGACCUAUUCGAGGUGA